AUGCAACUCCAAAUGGAUUUAGACGAACUGCUCAAUAAGCCGCAUGUAAGAUGCCGGAACCGCGAAGCUUUGGAAAAGAAAUUGUUAGAUGUAAUGGCGGACGGACCAGAUGACCUCAUGGUAAUUUCCGACUUCGAUUACACCCUGUCCCGAGCAUAUGAUGAUGAGGGAAAAUGCUGGUCAACGCUGGGUGUCUUUGAUAUCCUUGCCGACCAGGUGAAGCCGGGUCUUGGCAAGGAGAUCAUCGGUCUCUGGGAACGCUACCAUCCGAUUGAGUACGAUCCGCACAUGACGUUGGCUGAGAAAGUGCCACAUAUGGAGGAUUGGUGGAACAAGAUGCACGAUCUGAUCUGCAGUGGGCCAUUUACAAGGAGUGUCAUUGAGGAUUUUGUACUUCAAUCGCGGGUCAAACUGCGGGACGGAGCUGAAGAGUGGCUUCUUUAUCUAGAAGAAUGUGGAAUUCCACUUGUCGUCUUUUCGGCAGGAUCUGGUGACGUCAUUGAGGUUCAUCUGAAGAAUCAGUUGGCAAAGAUUCCGGACAACGUCCAUAUCAUCUCUAACCUCAUUGAAUAUGACGUUGAGGGCCGCCUACAACGAUUUUCUGACCCGAUCAUCCACGUUUUCAACAAAAACGCUACCGUAAUCCAGAAGAAUGGCCCUUUCUGGGAUGCGCACUCGGAGCGAAAACACAUUUUGUUAAUGGGCGACAGCCUUGGGGAUAUUCAUAUGGAUGUCGGCGAGGUUCAUAAAGGACACACGAUUAAGAUCGGGUUCCUUAACAAUUAUACGGAAGAAUUAUAUGCACGUUUUCUACAAGGAUUUGAUCUUGUAGUGAUCAACGACCAAUCGAUGACCAUUCCACAAGCAUUGACGGAAAUGAUCGCCACGGGUGCUGAUGUCAAUCUU